UGCUCUGCAGGUCCGAGGAACUGUAAGGAUCUAUUGGACUUAGGACUGACCCUUACGGGGUGGUAUUACAUAUAUCCAGAUGGAAGUCCUCUGAGAGUUAUGUGUGACAUGGAGACAGAUGGUGGGGGAUGGAUUGUAUUCCAGAGGCGCUGGGAUGGCUCAGUGGACUUUUACCGUGACUGGGAAGGCUAUAAAAAAGGAUUUGGGAAUCAGUGGAGUGAAUUCUGGUUGGGAAAUGAAAAUAUUCACACCCUAACUGCUAACGGUAAUUUCCAGCUCCGUGUAGAUCUUGGAGAUUUUGACAACAAUCACACGUAUGCCACCUAUGAUGGAUUCUCACUUGGAGAUGAGUCAGAACAGUACAACCUCUCUCUGAACAAGUACACCGGGGGUUCUGCAGGUGACUCGCUCUCUUACCACAAAAAUCAGUUGUUUUCUACCAAGGAUACAGGCAAUGAUGGCAGCCGAAAGUCCAACUGUGCUGUUUUUUUAUACUGCUCCCUGGUGGCACAAAGCCUGUUAUGA